AUGGCUUCAUUAUUACACAGCUUCCUUCUUGGAACUCUCCCUGAUCACUGUGAACCGACAUCGCCCUUGUUGACCGCCGUCUCCUCGCAUCUCCACAUCUGCAUCCCCACACCACUAGCGGCGAUCUCCUCCGUCCUCGGAACCCUCAGCAUUGUCUCAUGGCUCUUUGCACAACUACCACAAAUCUACAAGAACUUCCAAGCCCAAUCAACGUCAGGAUUGUCAAUAUUCUUCCUGGUGAUUUGGUGUUUAGGUGACGCGAGCAAUCUCGUGGGAGCCAUAUAUACUCGACAGGCGGGAUGGCAGGUGAUCAUUGCCAGUUAUUAUGUUUGCGUGGAUAUCGCUCUGGUGUUCCAGUUCUUCUGGUACACCCACUAUAAAGCCCGUAUAAGUGGAGGGUAUGACAAUAUGUCACACAUGCGCGACCCAGACCACAUCAUCCAGGGGGUUCCUGUUCCCGAACAAGGCCAAACCCCUGCGCCCGUCAUGAACAUCAAGCAAUCGGAAGCCAAGGAUAUGGGUGUUCAGGCAGGGUCGGUCCGCAACUCCGCCGGCGGAACACCCUCAUACUCGAAUGAGAAAAUGAGUUCCUCGCGUCGAUCUACCCGGGUCGCCGGGAGCGCCAACAGCCCACCCUUCGCAAUUCCCCGAACAAUGUUGAUGGCAUCACUGCUCUGUGCUGUUCUCGCUAAUGCCGCUCCAACCGAGAAGCCUCAUCCGCCCAUCUCCGAGGUCCCCGAUGAAGCCAUCGUGGAGAUUAUCGGUCGUGUCUUCUCUUGGAUGUCGACUAUCUUAUAUCUCGGCUCGCGUCCUCCUCAGCUGUACAAGAACUACCAGCGCAAGAGCACGGAGGGUCUCUCACCGCUCCUCUUUAUGGCGGCCUUCUGUGGAAAUUUGUUCUAUUCCACCUCACUUCUCACAAACCCCAACGCAUGGUCUGACUUCGCCCCGUACGGGGGCGGCGGCUGGUCCGAUAGUCAUGGCAAUGAUCGCUUGGAAUGGAUCGGGCGCGCGACGCCCUUUUUCCUAGGUGCUUUUGGUGUUCUGGGACUCGAUGGUUUCAUGGGAAUCCAGUUCCUGAUGUACGGCGACGGUCCACAGAACGAAGAUGACGAAAGUUUUGUUAGUUCCAGCACUGGCAAUGAUCGGAAGUCUGGCCGUGGCCGUCGCUGGAGACACGUUCAUGGCUGGAUGCGAGGAUGGAUUCCAUCCUCUUCGCCGCUGCGCGAGCAACCCUCAGUCCAAGAGGGUCAGGCAUUACUGGGCGCAGAGCGCGGUCGGUAUGGCGCUGUUUGA